AUGCAGAAUGAUACUGCUUCUGGUGGUACAUCAGCACGUAAUGGGCUCACUGCCCGUUUACGUCGGCGUAAAGGUUCGAAUGAGGUCCCUCCAGAAGUUGAUAGAGGCAGUGGAAACCAUUUGCUCGUUAAUGACGGAAACAAAUACAAGUCGAUGUUAAUUCGUACGUACUCGACUGUUUGGAUGAUUGGAGGGUUCGUCCUGAUAAUUUACUUGGGUCACCUGUAUAUAUGGGCCAUGGUCGUCGUAAUUCAGAUUUUUAUGGCUAAAGAGCUUUUCAGUUUGCUUAGGAAAGCGCAUGAGGAUAGCCACCUCCCGGGUUUUAGGCUCUUAAAUUGGCACUUUUUCUUCACGGCAAUGCUGUUUGUGUAUGGCCGUAUUCUGAGUCAGAGGCUUGUGAAUACUGUUACGACAGACAAAUUCUUAUAUAAGCUCGUUGGCAGAUUAAUCAAGUAUCACAUGGUUACAUGUUACUUUUUGUAUAUCGCAGGUUUUAUGUGGUUCAUACUUGCUCUGAAGAAGAAGAUGUAUAAGUAUCAGUUUGGCCAGUAUGCAUGGACGCAUAUGAUAUUGAUUGUGGUGUUCACACAGUCUUCUUUCACGGUGGCAAAUAUUUUCGAAGGAAUUUUCUGGUUCCUUCUUCCGGCAUCUCUUAUUGUCAUAAACGACAUUGCUGCUUACAUUUUCGGGUUUUUCUUUGGGAAAACACCUUUGAUCAAGCUCUCACCAAAGAAAACAUGGGAGGGUUUCAUUGGAGCCUCUGUUACUACCAUGAUCUCUGCCUUCAUUCUGGCAAAUAUAUUGGGUAGGUUCCAGUGGUUAACGUGUCCAAGGAAGGAUUUAUCCACUGGUUGGCUACAGUGUGAUCCUGGCCCAUUGUUUAAGCCCGAAUAUUUUGGUGUGCCAGAUUGGUUACCUGUUUGGUUUCCUUGGAGACAGAUUCCUAUCUUGCCCGUGCAGUGGCAUGCAUUAUGUCUGGGCCUCUUUGCAUCGAUUAUCGCACCUUUCGGUGGCUUUUUCGCCAGUGGCUUUAAAAGGGCAUUCAAGAUCAAGGAUUUUGGAGAUAGCAUUCCUGGACAUGGUGGGAUUACUGACAGAAUGGAUUGCCAGAUGGUGAUGGCUGUGUUUGCGUAUAUUUACCAUCAGUCGUUCGUUGUAGCACAGAGUUUGUCGAUCGAGAUGAUUAUGGAGCAGAUACUGAUAAACCUCCCGUUUGAGGAGCAGAGAGCUGUGUACACAAAACUCGGGCAGAUUAUCAUGGAAAGGCAGUUCGGGGAAUCCUGA